AGCACGUCUUUCCAUACCAACACCCAAUGAGUGGUUCAAAAGUUGUCUUUGUGGGAAACAUUCCUUAUGAGCAGACUGAGGAGCAGCUAAUCGAAAUCUUCAGCGAGGUUGGACCCGUUGUAUCUUUCAGGCUAGUCUUUGAGCGCGAGACAGGGAAGCCAAGGGGAUAUGGAUUUUGUGAAUUCCAAGAUGAAAGAACCGCAGCAUCGGCAGUCAGGAACCUCAAUGGCAGGGAAAUCGGCAACAGAUCAUUAAAAGUCGACUUUGCAGAGACGGAUCCUGCCAGGAACGGUGGUCGCGAUUUGGAAGAGGGAUUGUAUAUGAGAAACAUUGGACCUGGAUCAGGACCCUCAGGACUUCCACCUAUGCCGCCUCACCUUCAACAGCAGCAACAGCCACAUUUUAUGCCUCCUCAGGGUGCACCACAGAGACUGGAUCCUCGACUUGCCAAUAACCCAAAUGCAGCACUUCCGCCAAAUCGACCUCCUAUGCCGCAACCGCCCAUGACAGGUGCACCACCACCACCCAUGGCACCAGGGCCUAGCUCUGCGGACGCCAUUUCAGCCGUAUUGGGAACAAUGACACCGCAGAAUGUUUUCGAUUUGAUUUCAUCAAUGAAGGUCUUGGGAACAAGUGAGCCUGAGCGAGCUAAGGCUGUCUUGAAUGAUAACCCACAACUGUCGUAUGCAUUGUUCCAGGCACUACUCAUGAUGAAUUUGGUCGAGCCAAGCUCUUUACAGCGAAUGUUCCCUUCAAUGCCUGGUCCCAAGGCCCCAGCACCGCCUGUAUCAGUCCCUCAGCAACAGCACCUUCCGCCCCCACCACCUCCGACACAUAUGGGAAUGCCACCGCAGCCACACCUUCAGCAACAGCAGGUGCCUCCAUUUGCGCCACAGGGAUAUCCAAGCAUGGUACCGCAGCAUCCACCCCAACAGGGAGCACCUAUGGCGCCAUCUCUCGAACAGCAAAAGGCCUUGGUUGCUCAGGUGCUGGCGUUGACCCCUGCGGACAUUGCCUCGUUACCGGAGGAUCAGCGGGCGAAUAUCAUUCAAUUGAGGGCUCAGCUUUUGGGAGGCAACGUUUAGAUCCGUUGCAUUCUGAAACGACAAUAAAAAACAAAAAC